UUUCAGCUUUUCUACUCGUUUUUUAAAUCACUAGUUGGCAAGGACGUCGUUGUUGAAUUGAAGAAUGAUCUCAGUAUUUGUGGUACACUACACUCUGUAGACCAAUACCUGAACAUCAAACUCAUUGACAUAAAUGUGGCGGAUGGUGAAAAGUAUCCACACAUGUUGUCAGUAAAAAAUUGCUUCAUAAGAGGUUCAGUAGUGAGGUAUGUCCAGUUACCUGGAGAUGAGGUGGAUACACAACUCCUACAGGAUGCUGCUAGGAAAGAGGCAACUGUAAAUACCCGAUAGUAUAUUGUAGUGUAUUUUUCUUCAAUAUUUAGGUUUAAUAAUUUUUGAUACAAAAUAUAUCAAAGGACUAUUUUUUGUUUUCCCAAACUUUUCUAUCGAUACCAAAUCCACAAA